AUGAAUUUUGGGGAUGAUGAAAUAUGGGUUACACACCCUAAAUUUGUUUGUCUUAUAGCUAAAUUUGAUAAUUAAGAAAAUAAGUUAUUGAUUACGAAACAAGGUAUUCUCCAGAUAGAUAAAGAAAUAAGAGAAGAAUAUAUUGAUGAUAAAUCAAAUAUUAAAGUGGAUCCAUUGUCAAAAUAAGGAGUUAAUGAUUUACUAGUAAAAUAUAAAUAAAUAUAAGCUCUUAAAUGAAUUAAAUGAAUUUAAUUGUCUUCAUGGAAUAAGAAUGAGAUAUUCUAAGAAAUCUAUUUAUACAUAAGUGGGUACUCCUAUUUUAGUAGCAAUAAAUCCAUAUUAAUAUGUACCAGAAUUCUAUGAUUAAAAAAUGGUUACAUUCUACAAAAAAGAAAUGGGAAGAAUGAAUUAGUAUUACUAUUUCAUAAAUUAGAAUUUCUAAGGAUAUUCUCUAAUAAAAGCUUAGAGAUAUUGAUCCACAUUUAUACAAAGUAGCAUAAAUGUCUCUAGAUUAACUAUUUGAAGAAACAACUAAAACUAAUUUGAGAAUCUGUUCUAUGAUUAUUUCUGGAGAGAGUGGAUCAGGUAAAACAGAAUCUACUAAAAUUAUACUUAAGUAUUUAGCUGCUGAAUAACCAGGUUCAAAAUCUAAAGCUCCAUCAAUUGAAUAAUAAGUUUUUGCAUCUAAUCCACUUUUAGAAGCAUUUGGUAAUGCUAAAACAGCAAGAAAUGACAAUUCUAGUAGAUUUGGAAAAUUUAUACAUUUAUAUUUCAAUCCUGUAACAAAAAGAAUUACUAAUGCUAAAAUUGAUAAUUAUUUAUUAGAAAAAAGCAGAGUUGUUAAAUUAAGUUAAGUUGAAAGAAAUUAUCAUAUUUUUUAUUAAUUAAUUGCUGCUUAAAUACCGGAUCUAAGUAAUUAUAUUAAUAUAUAAUAAGAACUUGGAUAAGCUAAACAAUAUCAUUAUUUAAAAUAAGGAGAUUUAAAAUUUGUUAAAAAUGAACUUGAAGAAUUUAAAGAAACUAGUGAAUGUAUGGAUAAAAUGAACUUUACUCCAUAAGAAAAAUAAUAUAUUUUUUAAAUUCUUGCAGGAAUCUUACAUUUAGGAAAUAUGUCAAUAUAAGGAGAUGCAAAUAAAUCAUUUAUUAUAGAAGAUUUUUCUUUGAAAGCUUCUUGUUAAUUAUUAGGACUAGAUUCUGAUGAUAUGACUAAAAUCAUCUGCAAAGUUUAAACACUUAUGGGAAAAGAAAUUAUAAUGAAAGAAAAUAGUAUUGAUUCAGCAUGUAGUGCUAGAGAUACACUUGCUAAACAUAUUUAUGAAAAACUAUUUAAUUGGUUAAUUGAAAGAGUUAAUUCUUAACUUUAAGCUUUUGGUUCUAAACUAAAUUAAUAAAUUUAGUCUUAAUAUAUGAUUGGUAUACUUGAUAUAUUUGGUUUUGAAAUAUUUACAGAUGAAUAAGGAAUAUAAACUAAUAGUUUUGAAUAAUUGAAUAUUAAUUUUACUAAUGAAAAACUUUAAUAACAUUUUAAUUCACAUAUGUUAGAAACUGAAUAAAGUAUCAAAUAUUAUUUUAUAUAAAUUAGGUGAAUAUAAUAUUGAAAAAAUUACAUGGAAUCAUAUUAAAUUCCCAGAUAAUAAAUAAAUCAUUGAUGUAAUUGAAAACUCAACUUUAUCUAUUUAUAAGUUAUUAAUUGAUUAAACUAUUGCACCUAAAGGUAAUGAUAGAGAAUUUAGUAAUUCUUUUAAGAAAUUACCAAGAGAUUGUGUAUUUAAUGUCUAAGAUCUAUUAGCAUAAGAUUCUAAUAUUAAAGUUGAUAAAAAACAUAAAACAGCUAAAUUUGAUUGGUUUGGAAUUAAACAUUUUGCUGGAUGUGUAAUUUAUAAUGUAUAUGGAUUCAUUGAUAAAAAUAAAGAUACAAUCAAUUAAGAAGUACAUUAAGUUUUACCAACAAGCAAAAAUCCAAUCAUAAGAGAAAUUUGGAAAAGUCAUUAAAUUACCAAUCCAAAUAUUAAAUAGAACAAUGUUAUUACUAGAUUUUAAAAUUCCCUUUAAGAAUUACUUGAAGUUUUAAAUAAAUCACUUCCUAAAUACAUUAGAUGUAUUAAACCAAAUAAUACUAAAACUGCCUUUGAAUUUGAUGCUUAAGAAGUUAGAAGAUAAAUGAGAUGUGCUGGUUUAUUAGAAGCUAUCUAAAUUAGAAAGGCAGGAUAUGAAAUUCGACUUAAUCAUCUUGAUUUUAUGAAAAAAUAUAGAUAUCUUAUCAAAGGCAAACCAUCUAAUAUUAAUUAGAUGAUCAUUUUAUUAAAUUAAAAUCAAAAAGUUAAAGAAAAAAUAUAAAAAGAAUUAGAGCUCAAAAAUGUUUAAAUUGGAACAACCAAAAUAUUUAUGAAAGAAGGAUUAAGAGAUUUUUUAGAUUAAAUGUUAAUUGAAUUUAGAAUGUAAUUUAUUAUCAAAAUACAAAAAGCUUCUAAAAAAUAUAUAUACAAAAAAACUAUUUUUUAGAAACUUAAAAUUUUGUUAAAAAGACAUUAAAAAUUAUAAAGAUCAUGCAAAUGGUAUGCCUUUAAAUUUAUUUUGUAAAAAAGAAUUACUAAUAGAUUAAUUCUGAAUUCUUUUAUAUUUACAAUUUAAAAAUAUGAAAGAAAAAUCAUUUAAUCAUUUGCCUUUUCAAAAUUAAAUCAAUAUGCAAUUUUUUUAAUCAAAAGAGAUGUUGAAUUAAAGAGAUAAUAAUAAGAGUUAGAAAAAGAAUUACAGAUAGAAAAUUCUGGAGAAAUAAAUAAAUCAGUAAUUAUAUCCUCCAAAUUUGUUGAAGAUGAAUCAAGUAUAAAUAUAUCUCAACCUUUACAAACUUCUGUUAAAGUAUUUACUAAACCUGAAAUGGUAAGUAAUUCAAAUUCUAUUGAUAUGUUCAAAAAGGCACUUUAAGACACAUAAUAAAAAUUAAAAUUGGAAUAAUAAAAAAGAAGAGAUUUGGAAAAUUAAGUUGAAAAAUUAUAAAAUGAUCUUUUAUAGUUUGAAUCAUCUGGUAGAGAAACUUUGAAUCCUUCUACUUUUGGAUAAUUAGAAGAUAUAUUUACUUUAUAAAAAAUUACUGAAGAAAAAUAAAUUUUAGAAGUUUAAGUAGAAUAACUACAAUUUGAAAAAAAAAAAAUUGAAAAAAAUGUAUUAAUAUCCAUUUUAUAUAUUAGAGUUUUGAUUAAAUAUAAAAUUUAGGACUUUAAUUAGCUCAUGCUUAAUAAUGUAUAAAAGAAAUGGAACAUAAUAAUGAAGUACUUACCUAAGAUUACUUAAAUGAAGUCAAGGCUAAAGAAGAAAUUGAGGAAAAAUUAAAAGAUGAAUGGAAUUAAGAAAGAAGACUAUUAUUAAGAGAAUUAGAGGAUUCAAAAAAAGCUUUAUAAAAUUAAACUAAAAUUGCUUAAAAAGAUAUUUCGAGAAUAAAAAUGGAAUAUGAUAGAGAAAAAUUAAAGGUUGUGGAAUUAGAAAGCGAAGUUAAAAAGUUUUAAUAACUAAGUGAACUCUAUAAAUCUUAAUUAGAAUAAAAUGAUUCUCAUAAUUCAGAUAAUAAGGGAAAUGAACAUGAAUUAUAGAUGAAAGAUUUAUAACUUAGGGAUUUAUAAGUUGAAAUUUAAAAGAGAGACUAAAUAAUUUCUUAAUUAAAUAAUUAAAUCAAAGAAUAAUAAUCUAAGUCAUUAGCAUAAUCUUAAACUAUUAGUUAAAUUAAUGAUAAUUCAGAAAUCACAUAAGAACUAAAUGAAAAGAUUAUUUCUUUAUCUGCAACUUUAGCAAAAAGAGAACUUGAGUAAAACAGAAAUAAAAAGUUGAUAUCUGUAAUGAAUAAUUUAAUAAAACUCAAAAUUAUAGAAGUAAAUGCUUUACAUAAACAUUUUAAUAUUUUCCAUGAAUAAUAAAAGCAAGUAUUAAUUUCAUUUUAAAAAGGAUAUUUAUAAACCAAUAUCUUAAAUUAUGGAAAAAGAAAAAUUAUUGAUGAAAUAAAUUGAAGAUUUGAUUAAAUAAAAUAACAAAGAAUAAGCAGAACAAACAGAAAAUUAAUAAAAAAUAGGAUGA